AGUAGUAAGUAAAAACUGAGCGUUGAGUGGCGUCCGGCAACAAAAGGCGUCCGAACUUUGGUGCUAGCGUGUGAAAAGUGGACGAUACUUGCAUUGACUUCAGAUAAUUGUGCAGUGUAUUACCUAAAUCCAAAUACAAGCUUGAAAGUUUUUUGAGGAGAAAUAAUUACAUAGAGGCUACUAGAUUUUUGAAACGUGGACAACAUACUGUAGAUAUGUUUUUGGUUCUCCUGAUUUCGCUCGUAAAUUUCGUUGGAGAUAUAAUGGGACACCCCACUACGAUUACAGAUACGUCAUCAGAAAAUGAAGUGCACACAUACAACUUUCCUUUCGUGACCCGAUCGGAGUGGCAUGCGCGGAAGCCGAAGAUGACCUUACCUCUGCACACACCAGUGCCAUAUGUGGUCAUCCACCACUCCUAUACCCCACCAGCUUGCAGAAGCAUUGAAGAAUGCGAGAAUGCUAUGAGAGUCAUGCAGAGCAUGCAUAUGGACGGCAGGGGGUGGUGGGAUAUUGGAUACAAUUUUGCAGUAGGCAGCGAAGGGUCAGCGUACGAGGGCCGCGGCUGGAGCACACUGGGUGCGCACGCGCUUCACUUUAACAGCGUUAGCAUCGGCAUCUGUCUUAUAGGGGACUGGCGAAAUGAACUUCCCCCAGAAGACCAACUCAAAACCGCCAAGGCUUUGAUCGCUGCAGGUGUCGACCUCGGCUACAUCAGCCCCACCUACAAACUGCUCGGCCACAGACAAGUGAGGGACACCGAGUGCCCUGGAGAUGCCCUGUAUAAAGAGAUCCAGGGCUGGGCCCACUACUCCCCGUACCCUGGUUCAGCCACCGACCUGUUAAAUCUCCCCGAGAUUCCAGAAAAAGUUAAGGACGUUAUGAGAGGUAACUCUACGUAUGAUGAUUAGACAUGAUGUAGGAGUAGAAAGAAUUGGUAUGAAACUUAUUGAAAGUUAUUGCUGAAACUAGAAGAUUUUAAGAAGUGGAAGUUACGGGUCGGUACUAUUGAUUAUUUAUCUAUUAUUUUAGAAUACAUUAUUAUUUAUGAACAAGUCUGCUGUAGAAAGUUAUCAGAGAAAGGACUCUCUACCCAGUAACUCGUAGACAUUACCAAAAACCGGUAAGUAGGUAGCGCUCGUGUGCAGCCUUACAAAGAGUGAUUUGACUUCCGUUUCCGAAAUAGAUCUAAGAGUUAGUUCUAGAUAAAAUUUUCUUAACGCAAAUAAAAUAGAAUCAUGAUUUCACGUAACGGAUUUCUACUAAACUGUGAUGCUAUUGUCAACAAUUAUCUUGCCCUGAAAAUUCGUUAUUUUCAAAUGCUCGCGUAGUUUAAUUUUUAGUUGAAUUAAGUAAUUUUAUUAGCAAUAAUUGUAUUUAAAUAUAAAAAAUAUUCUUACCCACAAAUAAACAGUAAGGUUCCUAAAUAAAUAAGUAGAUAAUGAAUUAUAGAGAAUCUAGUUUAAUUCAAUUGUAAAACAUUUUAACAAAUAUAAAAUGUAUGUGGUUGCUAUAAUUUUCAUUAAUUUGAUUUUAAUAUUAUUUAUUUAAUAACUAAAAUUAUAUACAAAUGGAAUUAACUGCAUGCGAUUUCUAUUUUCAUUUGUUAUAAGUGUAUAAUUUAUUAAAUGUGUUCAAUCAUCGGAAUGUACAUAAACGCAUAUAAUAUACAUAGAGUCUGUAUUUAUGUAGAUGUCGAGUAAGUAUUGGUGAAGUUUUUUAUUUAGUUCAU